AUGAAUCGUACCACACUGGAUGACAUUGUUCACAAAAGCGAUUACUUUGGUUCAACGAUCGGAAGGAAUGCAUUCCGUAUAGCGAAUGGUCAGUUUACGCUGAAUGGAACUCAUUACCAAUUGGCCACAAACAGUGGGUCAAAUCACAACCAUGGAGGUAGAAUCGGCUUCGACAAGUGCAUGUGGGAUGCAGAGAUAACAACGCACGCCGACCGAGUGUCCAUCACGUUCUCUCGCUAUUCUGCAGACAAGGAAGAGGGCUAUCCGGGCGCACUUCACGUCAGAGCCACCUACUCCAUCACCUCUUCCAACGAGCUUGAUAUGGUGUUUGAGGCUUCAGGCAACGAGAUUCCAACGAUCGUCAACAUGACAAACCACGCCUACUGGAAUCUCUCGGGCAACUGCAAACGUCCCGUCAACAAUCAUAAACUCUGCAUCGAUUCGGAUUUCUAUCUGGAUGGAGAAAACAUGAUUCCAAACGAGACUCCCAUCCCCGUCAAAGACACGCUCAUGGACUUCACCACGUUGAAAUCACUCUCUCCGGCGAUCGAUCGGGUCGAUGGAGGAGGUCGACCAGGAAUUGAUCAUGCCUUCUGUCUUCGCGGAUAUUCCAACGACAUCGACAACAAGACACUGCGGAAUGUUGCGCGGUAUGUGAAUGAAUUGAAAUGCAUGGUAGAUUGGUGGAGGAAGAGAGUGGACGAUGCGUUGACGUUUCCACGACGGAGUGUGCCUUGA